AUGGAGACUUUUCAUCCUGGCCCAAGAGCCUUUGCUAUUGCUCUAUUAAUUGCGUUCCUUGGUACCAAGAACGGCAGAAACCUGGGUGCUGAAAUCAUCAACAAACACAUUAAGCAAACCAUCAUCUUUUGGCUUCCUCUCAGAGUAAGAUGCAAGAUCGUUGAGAAAAUCAUGAGCAUGCCGAUAAAGAAGGGUCGUGCUGUGAUGAGCACUGCCACUAAACCAUGGGGCGCUCAAUACGAUUAUAUCAGCCGGGUCCAGAAGAAUGGCAUUGCUGGUCAUUGGAUUGUCAAGGAUUCCCAUCUCGUCAAGAAGCAACAACGAGUUUCGUGGGUAGAAAAGACUGCAAUUGAAGCAGACCUUACUAUUUACUAUAUCCAUGGUGGUGGCUUUAGAUAUGGUGAUUCACUCAUGUACAUGGAAUCAUUUAUUCAUAUCAUUGAAUAUCUGAGAGAGACAAAAGGCUUGAACGUGCGCAUCUUUUCUAUCGAAUACAACCGUAUGCCAGAAGUUAGCUACCACAAAACCAAGGAAGACUGCUUGAAUGGAUACCGUUACUUGAUUAACCAUGUGAAGAUGGAUCCCAAGAAGAUUGUGUUUGCUGGUGACAGUGCUGGCGGUAAUCUUGUAGCUACAAGCUUGUUGGCUAUUCGAGACUUAGGUCUGCCUCAGCCAGCUGGCAAUGUCAUGAUUUCACCAUGGGCAAACAUUGACAAUAGCCAAUCACUUCGACCCAACAAAGUGUAUCUGGAUUGCUUGACUUUUAAGAUGCUAAACACUGAUCUUGGGAACUACUUUCCCGAAGCAGCCACUAGUGCCAGUGAAGAAGAAAAACGCCUUGCACUGCGCAACCCAGCCUACUCGCCUGUGUUUGCUUCAUUUACUGGAAUCUGUCCAACACUGGUUACAUAUGGUGGAACCGAAAUUUUCCAACAUGAUGUAGAGGAGCUAAUUGGGUGUUUGAAGCGAGAUCAAGUUAAAGUAGAUGUGAUUACAAGACAAGCACCCCAUAUUUGGCUAAUUUCGUCAAUAUUGGCUCCCUCUCAUGCAAUUUGGAAGACGGAUUGUUCCAAACUAGCAGAUUGGUGUGCCAAUUGUGUGCUUCAAUCGUAG